GUGACACAAACAUUUAAUCUUGUAGUAUAUUAAAUCUCAAACGGGCGAGGUUCAUACUAAACGCAGCAAUGUUUUCGAUUGUAUCCACAUUCAUUUUCAUCUCCAUCGGCUUUAAAGCAACGCUAGCGGCAAAGAAUGGCUAUGUUGUUGUUGAUAUCACUGAAACAACUCCCCCUUGUAAAGAUGCGUCGAAGAUUAUUCCCAGCAACGAUACCUGCGCUGGAAUUGUAACCUACAAGAUGGCAGAUUUCACCGGGUUUCCGAAUGCACCCGAUCUAUCGUAUAUCCACGGCGUUAUUCCAACCAUAAACGAGACUUUAACGAUGGUGGGCGCUAAUGCAACGUGCAGGGACGCCUACAAGAAGUAUUUUUGCCAACUGGGCUAUCCUUUCCAUUGCGACGAGGAUUCUAUCGGAGCCAACGUUGACGAACUUACAGCUACUUGUGAAGACGUCGGUGAAGAGUGCCCUGCUAGCUUGCAUAUAAACUGCUCUGAUGUCGCUAAUAACCCGGGCUUAACCCAGCGAUUUCCUCGCAAGGCGAAAUGCGUUCCAUUUCCUGAACUGAAAAACGAUCCCUACUCUUGCGAGACAAACUAUAAGGUGUAUUCCUCGGACGCGGCACCUGUGCAAAAGGCAGCAGAAAUGAUCGUGGCUCAGCACAAUAUUGUGAAGAACGCCAAUCUUCCUGAUGCAGAAUGUGAAAAUAAAGUUGCCGACGCCGUGUGUAAAGCUUUUUUGUUAGCCUGCUCUCACGAUCGAACGAAAAUUGUAGCUCUUCUCAGCAAACAAGAAUGCUUUAAGAAUGUAAGAUGUGUGGAAUCUGCAAAUAAUACCAUUCUCACAAAUAAAACAAUGGAACUUUGUCAGGCUUUUCCUGAUGAAAACACAGCUAAGAAUAUCUCAAUUAAGGACAUACUUAUUGCGACGAGUCCAACAACAAAUACCAACACGGUCAGCGGGACAAUGAAUGUCAACACGAUCAGCAGGACAAUGCCGAAUGUCAACACGACCAGCAGGACAAUGAAUGUCAACAUGACCACAAAAGCACCGUGUUGUGGGACAGCAAGCUUGUCUUCAAUGGGUCACAUCUUCAUCGUGACUCUAUUACUGGUCAGUUUAGCAUCUUAAAUUUUUCAGCAAUAUAGCUUUUCCAGAUCAUAUAGGAAGUUCUGGACAAUAAUCCUUGAAAAUGCAAUACGAAUUGUAACGAUCAGUAUCUGCACUACAUUUUCUUAAAUGCACGUGGUGAUUAGAAAAGCUCUGGUGUAUUCAUUAUCUUUUAUGAAACUAGUGUAAACGUCGCAGUAUGAUUAGCAAGCGAAUAGUAAAUUUAAAGUCAAUUAUAUAUUAUUCGAGGAAUAUUAUGCAAUUUUAAUCGAAACUGAAUAAAUCGGUAUUUUCGAACAGGUCUAUAGCUGGCCGCUGAGGUUUCGUCUCGAUGUAAAGCCGGUUUUUCACAAGGCGAUAUUUUUCGAUCGAUUUUCUUUUCAAUUUUGACCGGAUUGUUAUUAUUUAAACGAAUUCGUGAACAGAUGCAUAUACUAAAGGCCUAUUUAGACUACACGAUAAGUUGUAUGCAAUUAUCAUUCUGACGGAUGCAAAAGAGGGCUUAUGCCACAAUCUUCAUUCAUAUUGUUCAAUGGAAUUUAAAGUGUCACUUUUGUACGUGUGUUCAUACGUUCACAUGCAUACGCCAGGGUACGAAUCGUAUACGACAAAUCGAAUAGUGUAAAUGGGUCUUAAGAUAUGCGGAAAGUUCUUUCGAUUUAUUUACGUAGCUUUUUCAAUAUGACUUAGGUAUAUAGGGAUUUAGACUUUUACACGCGUUUUACACGCAUAUUACAAGUGUGUAUGAAAAAUGCCGGAAAGUGGUCGGAAAGCAGCUCUUAGCCAAAGUUUGAAAAUACUCUGAUACAUCUAAUGCGAAGGGAAAACAAACGACGGGGAAACGCCUGCUGAAUAAUAUACUUAUUUUCGGGACAAAAUGUCCAUUUCGCAGACAUCCUUAAAAAUACUUCCCCAUUUUUGCCCAUCCAUGCGUAAGAAAUGUAUUCUCGAGUGUUCCGUCUUAGCUGGGUAUAUUUUGAUAGUUAUUGUUGAAAUAUGAUCCAUUUGAAGCGAAGUAUGAAACCUUGUAUUCUGGCGGUCUGGCCCUUCCUUGUGUACGGAUGGCCGACAAACAAGAAAGAACUAUUUGGAUUUCAAAACGCGAAGGUUUGAUUGAAUCAAGCCAUUCAAGUGAUAGUGAUGUAGAUAUCAUAAAUUUAUCGCUUCGUGAAAUGGAACUGUGUACGUUUGUCGUUUAAUAUGUAUUACAGACAGUAUUACAUAAUGAAAUUGAAGGAAAAUUAUAUUCAAACAUGAAUAAUAGCAAUGAAUAAAUCUGAAAAUAUAAUGUGAUGAUCAACAGAGAAAAGCACAAUAACUACGCUGUUUAACUACGCUAAACAAGCUUCAACUGAAUUUCCUUAAAUGGUUAAGGUUUUUGUAGUCAGUUUUUGGAUUAGCUAACGCCAUCUUGAAAUCAUUAAUCAGCAGGCGUUUCCCUUCGCAUUACCCGCAUUUCUAAUGCUGCCCGCGCCUCUCUCUCCCUAAUUUUUCCCGCCCGCUCGCAAUAUUAAGAUCAACAUCUUUCUUUCAAUUAACAUGCCAUGAUAAAUUAUGGAUCAACUGUGCCAUUUUUCGUGGCAGACAAUGAGAUCUUUAGUAAACAUCCCCUGAGCUGUGAAAUAGACCUUUCUCCUAAUGACGUCAAGCGACAGUUUGGUUUGAUUGGCUCGUUAGUUUCGCAAAGCCAAUCAAACUUUGCGUAGCAUCGCCUUCACACGUCAUCAUGGAAAAGAUCUGUUGCAGUGUUCAUGUCACUCAUCACAUCUAACUCCUCGUAAUACGGGCCCACGGCACGCGAUAUUUCUCCAUUCUCAAUCACUCAAACAAUAAAAACGUCGAUACAAUAAAAAACCAUGUAUUGGGCAACAUAUUUGGUUUUUGCGUGCAUCAUGUUACCCAAGGUCCAAGGUGGUUAUCGUGGCUACGGGUUUGUUAUGCAAAAGUUGCCGAAAUUAUCUUGCAUUUCAAACCCCAUCAACGAUGUCUGCCCAGUUGAUCACAAAGUUCCCAAUAUUAGUCGAGACUUUCCGUGGUUUAACAGCGAAAACAUAAAGAAAGUUUUGAAUAUAACCACAAAAACUCUUCGCGUUGCUGGUGGAAGCGAUGAAUGCAUAAAAGCAAAUGAAAUGUUCCAAUGUUCACAAAUCAUCUACGUCUGUGAAACCAAUCUAAGGUACGUGUAUUUGGACACGGAUAAAGUGCACAGACAUUGUAUGACGGCCAGCGACAAGUGCAACGUGACAGGAAAGAUAAACCUCGACAAUAUAUUCAACUGCACUCAGUACGAGAAUGCAACUGUGAGGUAUGACAUACCAGAAGUUUGUAAAGAAUAUCCUGACGUGGAAAAUGAUACAUGCCCAAAGCAAAAUUAUAAGGUUCCACAAUUUGUCAACUUUACGUCAUUGGUCGAAAUAAGGAGAACAGCAGAAAGGAUGUUGAAAGAAAACAAUGUGACCAAAAAUUGCACGAAUAGUGUCCUUAGAGCAAUGUGUUACAUUGGUUUCCCAGCUUGUACAAGGGAUGAAACAUACGUGGUUUCCCUGCUUGGUAGAAAUUUAUGCCGUAACACCAUGAAAUGUGUGGAAUCUGCAAACAGUACCAUUCUCACAAACAGUGCAAUGAUGUUCUGUCAGAAUCUCCCUGAUGAAAACACAGCUAAGAAUAUCUCAAUUAAGGACAUUGAAAUCCCGAAGGACAAAACAGAACCGCCUAUAACCGCCAUAGUUAUUGGGACCGACAUGACAGUUCCAACAUCAAACACCACAACCAACACGACCAGCAGGACAAUGAAUGGUAACUCGACCACAGAAGCACCGUGUUGUGGGACAGCAAGUUUGUCUUCAAUGGUUCACAUCUUCAUCGUGACUCUAUUACUAGCUAGUUUAACAUCUUAAAUUUUUCAGCAAUAUAGCUUUUCCAGAUCA